GUCAUGUGAUUCCAUGACACAUGUACAUGUAUAUAUACGAGAUGCCUGGUGACUCUGCUCAGACUGCGCUAAACUUCCCUCUUCAGAACUACCCAUCAUUUCAGAGAAGUCACCUGCCACGAUGAUGCCUGGGGGCUUAUCUGAGACCAAGCCUGCUACUCCAGAAGUCCAGCAUAUCGUUAACCAGGUGAAGCCACAAUUUGAAAGCAAGGAGAACAAGACAUAUGACACCUUUAAAGCCAUAGUGUAUAGGACUCAGGUGGUUGCUGGGAUAAACUACUUUAUUAAGGUCCAAGUUUGCAAUGAAAACUAUGUCCACUUAAGGGUGUUUGAGAGCCUUCCUCAUGAGAACCAAGGUCCCAGCCUUGUCAGUUUUCAGACUGGCAAAACCAGAGAUGAUCCUCUGACCUACUUCUGAGAGAUGAUGAGGAAUGGUGCCUCACUUCUGCAAGUUGCAUGUGGAUUCUGCCUGUUUCAGUAAAUGCAUGAAAAUAAAAUAAGUUUUGAAAGCUA